AUGGCCGUUCCUUCUAGGGAUGUUCCAGAUGCCAUGACUUGGGUUGUAUCUACAUCGGGUAGGUUCUCUUUAUUCUCUACUUUCCAGGAGAUAUGGGGUGCUAGGGAUUCUUCAUUCAUGUCUAAACAAUGUUGGCAUACGCAGGUGCCAUUGAAAAUUUCAUUUUUUAUGUUGCGAUUGUUCAGGGGUAGGUUACCUUUGGAUGAUGUGCUGACUAAGUUUCAGUUUCAUAUGCCGUCCAAAUGUUUUUGCUGCAUGGACUCUCAAGCUGAAACGGUAAAACAUUUGAUUUUGGAAGGGGAGCUGGCGAUGGCCGUUUUGAAGUUUUUUGGAUCGUCUUGUGGAAUUCGUUAUGCUGGAGAUCAUUUGCUUGUGGUCUUGGCUAAUUGGUUGUAUAAACCAGCUAAGUCCAAAAGAUUAAAGUUUAUCUUUCGUCUUUUGCCUAUUUUUGUCUGUUGGAAUUUAUGGAAGGCAAGGAAUAUAGCUUUCUACCAAGGAGUUUUUGUGGAUUUUCAUUCGGUUAUUGUUGACUCAGAUUCAAUGGUAUUAGUACGGAUACUGAACGAUUAUUAUCAGUGCCCGUGGUCUAUUCGCAGUGAGGUGGAGCAGGAUUUUGAGUUGCCUAGAGGUGGUUUCCAACUCCACUCCAGCAUUGUUAUAGGGAGGCUAAUAAGGUGGCAGAUUUGUUGUUGA